AUGGCCGACUCAGACCACGAAGGGUCACCACCGCCGAACACGCCGGCUAUACAGAAUGCUUAUGCCGAAGAUACGAUACGAAUCAUGCUCGCGACGGAUACACAUAUUGGUUACGCCGAACGGGACCCAGUGCGAGGGCAGGAUUCUAUAAACUCGUUCAAAGAAGUAUUGCAGCUAGCAGUAAAGCACGAGGUCGACUUUAUUCUUCUAGCCGGCGACCUCUUUCAUGACAACAAACCUUCCCGAGAAUGCCUAUACCGAGUCAUGGCGCUCAUAAGAGAAUACACACUUGGGGAGAAGCCGGUGCAGGUAGAACUCCUGAGCGACCCAGAUGAAGGCAAGGCCGCCGAAUGCUCUUUCCCGGCGAUCAACUACGAGGAUCCCAACCUCAACGUAGCUAUCCCCGUGUUCUCCAUCCACGGCAACCAUGACGAUCCACAAGGCGCCGGCUCAGAAGGCGCGUUAUGCGCCCUUGAUAUGUUAUCAGUCUCCGGUCUGGUGAACUAUAUGGGUAAAUUUGAUCUACCGCUUGCACCUGCCAAGCCAGCAGGCGAGCGGGAGAAAGAGCAGAGUCCCCAGCAUGGGAUAGCGGUGCGACCGGUGCUGCUCCGGAAAGGUAAAACGCGACUUGGGAUGUACGGAAUCGGCAACGUGAAGGAUGCGCGGAUGCACUUCGAGCUGCGAAGCAACAGGGUUCGGAUGUUCAUGCCUCAGGAUAAGGAGGAGUGGUUCAAUCUCAUGUUACUCCACCAGAACAGAGUCAAACAUGGGCCUCAGGAGUAUGUACCAGAAGGGAUGUUUGACGAUAAUAUUGACUUGGUGGUGUGGGGUCACGAACAUGACUGUCGGAUUGUCCCCGAGCCCGUAGCGGGCAAGAACUACUACAUCACCCAACCAGGAUCAACCGUCGCCACAUCGCUUGCUGACGGAGAAGCCACGCAAAAGCAUGUGGCUUUGCUACAGAUUCAAGGCAAGGAAUUCCAGCUGACACCCAUACCAUUGCGGAGUGUCCGUCCCUUCGUCAUAGAAGAAGUGACAUUGCUCGAUGUUGCAGAGGAAGAGGGGUUCGACAUCGACGAUCAGAUGGCCAUUACUAAGUAUCUCAAGAGAAAGGUCAACGAACUCAUUGUGCAAGCCAACACACAAUGGGAGCAAAGGAAUGCUCAGGCUAUUGAAGAAGGCGAGGAAGGACUCUUAAAGAUGUUGCCCUUGAUUCGUUUGAAGGUUGACACCACUGGCGUAACCGAAAUGUCCAACCCCAUCCGCUUCGGCCAGGAAUUCGCGGGGCAGAUCGCAAACCCCCGCGACGUCCUCGUCUUCCACCGAGCCCGCGCACGAAGAGCCAACGGCAAAGGCAAGGUCGUCAUCGACAAUCCCGAACUCAGCAUCGACGACCCCGACUUGACGAUGUCGGAGAAGCUCGCCAAGGUGCGGGUGGGUACGCUGGUGAAGGAGUAUCUGGGUGCGCAGGAGCUGCAGGUGUUGGGCGAAGUUGGGAUGGGGGAUGCGAUUCAGAUGUUUGUGGAGAAGGAUGAUUCGCAUGCUAUUCAGUCCCAUGUAAAUCGAGCGCUGAAGGCCCUGUUGAAGGAUGUCCAGGCCAAUGGCACUGAAAUUGACGAAGACGACGUCGAGGAGUUGCUCACAAAGGCGAAAGAGCAGCAAGACAAGGCUUACGAAGAAAACCGCAAGAAUGUACCAACCAAAAAGGGCAAAGGCAAAGCGGCUCAGGAUGAUGAAGACGCUCAAUCGGAAGAUUCGAUGAUGAUGGACGUAGAUUUUGGAACUGGUGGUGCAGGAUCAGACUUUGACCAGCUCUCUGACCCACCGCCUCCGCCCAAGAAGACGACCGCCAGGUCAAGAGCUGCGGCAACGAAGGCACCAGCAAAGAAAGCACCAGCAAAGAAAGCCCCCGCAAAAAAGGCGCCUGCGAAGGGCAGGGGUAAGAAGGCGGUUGAACCUGAUUCGGAUGAAGACGAGAUUAUUCCCAUUGACGAAGUAUCUGAUGACGAAGAGGAAGACGACCCACCACCAAAAGCUCCCGCCAAACGUACAAAUCGCGCAGCGGUCCUGAGUCAAACUACAACGGCUAAAAAGACGCCUGCUAAGAGGAAAGCACCAGCAGCCUCGCAAUCGAAACAAUCGACACUUGCUUUUGCACCUGCAGGCAGAUCAAGUACGCGAGCUGCAGCUUCUCGGGCCCGGGGGAAGAUGGUGGUUGACGAGGAUAGUGAAUGA